CGUUUUCAAAUAAUCACAGGAACCAGUUUGCAGUACGGUGGUUUUUGGAUCAAAAUUAUUAUUCACUGCGUGAAAAGAACGUACUCUACCUGAGCCAAGAUAAGAAAAACUGUGAAGUUACCAGCCCUAAGGUAAGCCUCACAUAACAUGAUAAUGGAGACUGAGCAGAAAGAUCGACCCAACAACACUCUGGCCAUAGGAAAUAUCAAUCCUUCGAAACGUGGCCGGGGCAGGCCACGAGGGUCGGUUAACAAAAAGAUCAUGUCUGUGAAAGAGGUAACACACAAUGCUAGGGCAUCAAGAAGAGUGGAUUUCUUUUCACCUGACACCGUACUAAAGCAAAAAGUCAAGAAGCGUGGUCGCCCUAAGAAGAUAAAAAUCCCAGGAAGACCAAGAAAGAUCCCUCUUACACCAGAGGAAGAAGCAGAGAGAAUUCUAAGAUUCAGCAAACAACGGAAACGGAAAAUUUCUAAGCCUCUUGGGAGACCACGCAUCCAUCCCCUUGUGGUUAUCCCCAAGGAAAAAAGGGGAAGAGGCCGUCCACGCAAAUAUGAAGCCGUGACAAGAGCUUCCUCAGAAAAUAGUACCGUUAAUGGAAACCUGAAAAAAGGUUUUAAAAAAAUCUCAGAAUUUGGUGAGGGUAUUCCUAGAAAGAGAGGGAGGCCACGAGGCUCAUUUAAGAAGAAACGGGGGCGGCCAGCAGGUUCAGCUCCAACAAAAAUUACAAGUGAGUGGAAUCCUGGAAAGAGGGGGCGGCCACCAGGUUCUGGAAUCAAACUAAAGUUCAAAGAGGAAGAAAAUGGAAUUCCUCGAAAGAGGGGCAGACCUCCAGGUUCUGGAACAAGGAUAAAAAUCAUAAGGAAAGAAACAGAUGGAACUCCUAGAAAGAGAGGUCGACCCCCAGGAUCUGGGAACAAGGUAAAGAUUACAAAGCAAGAGACGAACAGACUUCCUCGAAAGCGGGGGCGUCCCCCAGGUUCUGGGACCAAGAUUAAAGUUGCCCAACAGGAGCCAAAUGGAGCCUCUCGAAAAAGGGGGCGGCCACCUGGUUCAGGAAAAUCCAAGACUGAUGUAAAUGAUACUGAUCGUGAUUUCAGCAGCAGUGCCUUAUCUGCGAGUGACCAACCUCGUAAGAGAGGACGUCCUAGCAAGGCCAGCUCGACCGAAGCCUCUUCAGUCAGUAAAGCUGAGGUUCCAACUUUCAUGUGUUCUUUGAAUCUGGAGAGAAUUGCCGACCUAGAUAUAAGGACACAAGAGGAAGAAACAGUUCAUAUACUGGAUGAAUUGUUACAAGAUCAGAAAGGGUGCAGGUUAAGACCAGGACAGAGUUUGGGACAGUUACAGUGGUUUAUCACUGAGAAACAUAUGUCUACCUUACACUCUGAGAUCAUCUUCAUCCUGAUGUUGUACCUGCCGUAUGGAGGUCUUUGA